CACCACGGGAUUUGACAUUUGAAGAAGCAAACAUGGCGGCUGCUACGUAGACGCGACCGCCGCCUCUGAUAAUCGUCAGCGGGGAGAAGCGACCGUCCUCCGGCAGAGACACUCCGCAGGAGCCGCCGCUCCUUCCCGGGAUGUUCGACGGAAGCCGAGGAGAGAGCCGGAGUCACGCGCCCUGUCUGCGGGGCUUCCUCACCUGAGCCGGUAUGUGUCCCAGGAAGACCCAGCCCCACCUCUGACCUCCCUGAAGCUGAGGAUGUCUUCCCCGUCGGCAAACCCCUCCUCGCCGGUGCGCCCCCCCUCAGCCCUGGACUCCCUGUCCGUGACGUCCCUGCUGUCUGGGAAUCUGGAGGAUGAGGAGGAUGGAGGCGGGGAGGAUGCUGAGGGACUGGGAGACCUGGAGGUGAACCCGUACGACGGUCUGCCCUUCUCCUCGCGGUACUACGCCCUUCUGGAGGAGCGGCAGCGGCUUCCUGUGUGGGGGCUCCGGCAGAGUCUGCUGGAGAGCAUGGAGAGCCACAGCAUGGUGCUGCUGAGCGCCGCCGGCGGGGCGGGAAAGAGCACACAGGUGCCUCAGUGGUGCGUGGAGUUCGCUUUGUCCUUCGAGUUCUCCCACGGUCUGGUCUGCAGCUCGCAGCCUCACUCUGCCGCCGCCGUCAGCCUGGCUCUGCGCGUGGCUGAUGAGAUGGACCUGAGCCUGGGCCUGGAGGUGGGAUACAGGGUGUCCCACGAUGACGGCUGCACCCCCGACACCCUGCUCAGGUUUGUGAGCGACGCUCUGCUGCUGGAGGAAAUGAUGUCAGACCCGCUGCUGCAUCAGUACGGCGUGGUGGUUCUGGACGAGCUCCAGGAGCGGACCGUGCCCACAGACGUGCUGCUGGGCCUGCUGUGCGACGUCUGCCGCCAGCGGCCGCACAACUUCCACGUGGUCCUGCUGACCCACCACGCUCUGGCCCCUCGGCUGGCAGCCUUCCUCGGGCCCUCCGUCCCUCACCUGACCCUGGAGAGCGAGCCUCCUCCCGCGGAGGGGGAAGCCGAGGGGAGGGGGGUGGAGGUCCUGUAUCGGGAGGUGUCUGCGGGGAAGGAGCCUGUGGCUGCUGCCUGUCACAUGGUGCUGGACCUUCACCGCAGAGGGGAGGAAGGAGACGUGAUGGUGUUUGUGUCCGGCGCACAGGAAAUUGAAGAGUGUGUUUCUGUGCUGGAGAAGGAGAGCGUGGCUCUGAGUCCACAGCUCGGACCGCUCCGGAUCCUCCCCCUGCACUCGGCGCUGGGCGGGCUGACCCAGCGGGUCUACGAACCGGACCCGGAUGCGUCUGCUCUGAAGGCGAGCGACGGCUCUGUGGGCGUGGAGGCCGGAAGCCCCGGAAUCAGGAGGAGGGUGAUCCUCACCGACACCCUGGCAGAGGCCUCCUUCUCCCUGCAGGACAUCCGUUACGUGGUGGACACGGGGCUGCAGCUCAAAACUGUCUACAACCCUCAGAUCCGUGCAAACUCCCAGGUCCUGACGACCAUCACCAAACACCAGGCCGACAUGAGAGCCCAGAGGGUCAGCAGCCGACUCCCAGGCUUGUGUGUCCGCCUGUACCCCCGCGCCCUGUAUGAGGGGGGCAUGCAGGAGGCUCACCGCCCCCGGGUUCUGGAGGAGAACCUGAGCCACCUGGUUCUGCUGCUCAAGAGACUGGACAUCGCUGACAUGGGCCAGUGCAAGUUCCUGGACCGCCCAGCCCCCGAGGCUCUGAUGCAGGCCUUGGAGGAUCUGGAUUAUCUUGCAGCUCUGGAUGAUGAUGGGAACCUGUCAGAGGUAGGCAUCAUCAUGUCCGAGCUGCCGCUGGAGCCGCCGCUGGCCAAAGCCUUGAUCGCCGCCUGCGAGUACGACUGUGUGGACGAGCUGCUGACGAUCGGCGCCAUGCUGACGGCUCCGGCCUGCUUUGUGGCGCCUGAACCCGGCGGGGAGGAGGCCAGCGUUGCUCUGUGGCGCCCCCUCCUGCACGCAGAGGGAGAUCACAUGACCCUCAUAAACAUUUACAACGCCUUCAUGGAGCAUAACCAGGAUGAGGCCUGGUGUUCGACCAAUGCCCUGAGUCACGCCGCCCUGCGGCUCGCCGUCGUCAUCCGGGCCGAGUUGCUAGAGGUCAUGCAGCGGAUAGAGCUCCCCGUGUCCCCCCCCGCCUUCGGCUGUCAGGACAACUGCACCAACAUCAAGCGCGCGCUGAUCUCAGGCUUCUUCCUGAAAGUGGCUCACGACGUUGACGGUUCUGGAAACUACCUCCUCCUCACUCACCGCCAUGUGGCCCACCUCCAUCCGUUCUCCUCCUACCUGUCCCUCCAGCCGUGCCCGGGGCCCCCCAGCUGGGUCCUGUACCACGAGUUCACCGUCUCCAGCGAUAACUGCAUCCGCAUCGCCUCUGAGGUCCACCCGCAGAUGCUGGUGGAGUUGGCCCCCCAGUACUUCCUGGGUAACCUGCCCCCCAGCGAUGGCCGGGAGCUGCUGAUGGAGCUGAGGCAGAGCGUGGAGCCCCCUUCAGGCGAGGCGGCGCUGAACCGGAGCCUCAGAGAAGCGGACGGGGCCGAAGACGGCCGCAGUCAAACCAACACCGACCUCUGCGUCGUCCAAUGAGACGCAGGAGGGGGCGGAGCUUCUCAGGACUCACACUCGUCACUUUAUUGUUUGAUCCAACGGACGCUGUGACAGGAACGCUGGAAGAUGAACUCUUUGAUGCAGUUUUAACCUUUUCUAUUUAAUGUUUACAUUCAUCUCUUCCCUCAGUGGAGUUUUUUAAAAAUGGUCAGAGAUGAAGGUUUCAACACCUGCUGGUGACCUUUAACCUGUGAGCCUCCAUGUUUGGGCCCACGAGUGUGCACGAGUGUGCAUGCAGCACCAGCAGACCUCGCUCUGCAAACUCCUCCUCUUGUUUUAUUCCUACUGCAAUCAGAAAACGUGUGAAACUUUACUGUUUUUAGAGAACCCCAGUGAAUACAAACCGAGUCGUCAUUGUAAAAAGAAAAAAAACAUUUUCUACUCAGUAAGUGAAGAUGGAUUAUUUUGGGGGUUAGAAGCUCUGAGCUGCUGCUCUGAAGACAAACUUUCAGUUGUUAAAUGUUAAUUCUGCUUUUGUCAAACAAAAGGACGUCAGCCUGCAGAUCUGCAUUUAUCUCACUGAGGAAAAACUGACAGACCUGAAGACGGAAAGGAGAAACUCAUUUCUUUAGACAGGAAGUCUGUCUCAGAGAAAACAACAAUUCUCGAUUUUCACAAUAAAACUCCUCAGUUCUGCUGACUGAAUUGGUUCAGAUCCGACAGUGUUGCUUCUGUCAGGAGCGUCCACGCUGUGUCCCACUUUAAAAUCUGUCACACUCAAACCUCUAUCCUCCUCCCUCAGAAGUGAGUUUCAAUAAAACUUUUUCACCUUUGAA